AUGAAUAAAGACGAAUAUGAGAAGCUGUAUAGAAGAUCUAUUGAAGACAAGGAAGGUUUCUGGGGAGAACAGGCAAGGUCGCUCCUUAAGUGGGAUAAAAUGUUUAGCGAGGUUUAUAAUAACGAUUUUGAGAAUUCAAAGUGGUUUGAUGGAGGUAUGCUGAAUGCUUGUUAUAACUGCGUUGACAGGCAUGCAGCCAGCGAUCCAGACAGGAUUGCGAUUAUAUAUGAUGGAAAUGAUGGGGAGUCUAUUCGUUACACAUUUAAGGAUGUUCUUGAUGAGGUCAUAAGGAUUUCUGCGGUGCUCAAAAGGGAAGGACUUGAGAAAGGGGACACCGUGGCUAUGUACAUGGCCAUGUCUCCGUAUGCAGUCUUUUCUGCACUUGCAUGUGCAAGGCUUGGGCUUGUCCACAAUGCUAUUUUUGGAGGCUUCAGUGCAAGUAGCGUAGCACUAAGGCUUGAUGAUUCGAAUGCCAAGCUGUUGGUUGUCCAAGAUGUCGUUGUGAGGCAGAGCUCAACCAUAAACUUUCUUGAGAACACACGAAAAGCUCUUGAAGGCAGGGCUAUACCUGUUCUGGUUUUCGAUACUCUUUUCAGUGAAGAAAAGAUCUUAGACGAAUUAGGUGGGGUUGGAGGCAGGAUCCUGGUAUGGUCGAAGGUCAUGAAAGAAAAGAACGAGUUUAUUCCUUGUGUUUCUGUCAAUGCUGAGGACAGGCUUUUCUACCUGUACACAAGCGGAAGUACGGGAAAGCCAAAGGGGAUCAUUCAUACAACCGGUGGGUACAUGGUGUAUGCAACUCUCACAUCCAAAAUAUGCUUUGAUCUUCGGAAAGAUGAUGUCUUUGCUUGCACGGCGGAUAUUGGAUGGAUCACUGGCCAUACAUACGUUAUUUAUGGCCCUUUGUCCAACGGAGUCACUACAGUGGUAUUUGGAGGAACACCAUUCUAUCCUUCGCAUCUCAGGCUUUUCAAAAUGGUUGAGAAACACAGAAUAACUCAGUUGUACACAGCACCAACUGUAAUUAGGACAUUAAGGAAGUGCUUUUCCACCAUGCCAUCAAAUCAUAAGUAUAACCUGACAUCGUUAAGAAUUCUUGGGUCUGUUGGAGAGCCUAUAAAUAGGCCUGCUUAUUUAUGGUUCAGCGAGAACUUCAACGGAUGCCCUGUAGUUGAUACGUACUGGCAAACUGAGUCUGGAGGUGUAUUGAUUGCACCUAUUCCAUAUGCUGUGGAAAGAAAGCCUGAAUGUGCCUGCCUUCCAUUUUUAGGCCAAGAAGUUAUCAUAGCAAGCUCGAGCUCAAAGGAUGGCCAAGUUGUGGAGGCAAAGCCCUAUGAGUUGGGACGCAUUCUUUUCAAGGGGUCUUGGCCUGGAAUAGCCAGGGGCAUUCUAGGAGACCCUGAGAGGUUUAGGAGGGGAUACUUUCUCUACAAGGGGUUCUAUUUUACUGGGGACGAGGGCUACAAAGACUCGUCUGGACAUAUAUGGAUUAGAGGAAGGGCUGAUGACGUAAUAAAUGUUUCUGGUCAUAGGAUCAGUACUGCAGAGGUGGAAAGUGCAGCAUGCAUGGAUCCGCAUGUGGCCGAGGCGGCAGCUAUUGCUGAGAACGAUGAAAUUACUGGGCAAGCCCUCUGCUUCUUUGUGGUGCUGAAGGACAAGGAGAUCUCUAGAGAAAAGGUGAGAGCAUCUCUGAGAGAAACAUUAAGAAAUAGAAUCGGAAAGUUUGUCAAUGCCAAAAGCGUUUACUUUUGUGAAGGAAUUCCCAAGACUGCAACUGGAAAGAUUAUGAGGAGAGUCUUGAAGAGCAUUUUGGCUGGGGACUCUCCGGGAGAUGUAUCGACCUGCACCAAUGUAGAUGUUAUUGAAGAUUUGAAGGAAAUCACCGAAUCAGAGGCAAAUUAA